AGAAGAAGAGCACCUCCCUGUCGAUGACCAUCCGCUCAGCGUCCCCCAAAACAGACGCCCCCCCCCCACAGAUCCACGCUGGUGCAGGCCCUCUCGCAGCCCCCCCCCCGGAUGCAGAGUCCAGUCUCGUCUCUGUCGGCUGCAGACGUCUCCGGUCCUCCUACCUUCACCAAGCUGCUGCAGGACGCCCAGGCCUCCGAGGGGCAGGUGGUGGUUCUGGAGUGCCGGGUCCGGGGGGGUCCUCCUCUUCAGGUGCGCUGGUACCGGCAGGGGGAGGAGAUCGUGGACUCCCCCGACUUCAGGGUCCUGCAGAAAAAACCGCGCUCUGCAUCUGAACCAGGUGUGUGCAUGUGUGUGUGUGUUUCAGAGGAGAUCUGCACGCUGGUGAUCUCCGAGGCGUUCCCAGAGGACGGAGGGUUGUUCUGCUGCUCGGCAUCGAACCGGCAGGGCUCCGUCAGCAGCUCCGCACGACUCCAAGUCUCCGCAGCGGUGGAGGACCCCCCCUCUAACGGGUCAGGGUUUGAGGACCUGGCCUCCUUCCCCCCCCCCGCCCCCCCCCACAGAGAUCAGCCGCAUGGAGCUGCCUCCGAGGAUGCCCCCCCCUCCAGGAGCCUUCCUCUCACAGGUGUGGCCCGACGUCUCCUCCUCAGAGGGGGAGGAAGGAGGCGGGACCAUACAGAACGGACAACCAAUCAAAACACCAGAAGCACCUAAAGCCACGCCCCCUCCACCUCCACCUCCACCCCCACCUCCUCCUCAGAUGAUAGACGACGCCCCCCCCGCCCCCCGGGAAGGAGGGCCCCCCCCUGCCCACCAAACCCAAACCAAAGCUGAACGCGCUGCAGCUGAAGCAUCUCCACGAUCAGAUCCUAUUGGAGCCAAAGAAGUCACCUGGCACCCUCAGGACCACCCUCCCAGACAGGAAGUCCCGCCUCCUCCACAGGAAGUCCCGCCUCCUCCACCUGCUCCUCCCUCCCCCCCUCUCCCUCCUCCCCCCUGCUUCCAGAGCUGGAGAGCAGCGCCGCCAUGAAAGCCAGCACCUUCAACUACGCUCGACCCAAACAGUUCAUCGCCUCCAACCUCUCCUCCCCCCCUCCUCCCC